ACAGCAAAUGUCAAGUGCGUCAUGGCAGAGACAGAGGGCCUCACAGUUUGCCACACGGCGCGUGUGGCAUUGCGCGCGCAGCUGCGCUGCGGAGAGGCACUUGGUGGAGACGAAGAGGUCGCUGACGAAGCUCAGACUCAGUGCUGCAAGAUCUGUGGCGCUGCUUGGCAUCCCUGCCUGGCCCAUGCCAGUGACGAGAUGGUGCAGGCCUAUGACCUGUUGGAGGUUCAACACCUUGGACCACUGACGACCGACUGGCACGAGGUGCCGCUCGCUUCAGAUUUGGAGGGAGAACCUUCAAUGUCUUCACCAUUGAGAAUUUGUGCUGCUCUUUGCGCAGAGGAGAUGGACACCUCCCGUUCUCGGAAACUGAGUCUGGAGCUGCGAGUUGUUGCGGAUCCCUUGGAUUUGGCUCAAAGAUCUCGCUUCGCCAUCUAUCCGCCGUGGCAGCUGGGUCCGCAGCUCCGUUUCUCCUGGCGAUUGGAGACUAGGCCCAAGGUGGAGCCCGAGCCGACCACGCGGAAUUCCGUGCCUUUGAGGCUGCGGCGCCCGCGGAGUCUACCGGGCAUUGGAGGCGUGAGUGGAGGCUUUGGCAGCGGCUCCAGCUUGGAUAUUGACGGUGGGUACAUGGAGAAGGAGUGCACGAUCCAGGAACCUCCUCCCCAGCCUUUUCAACUUCUUUCCAACUGUUUGGAUGCAGAGGCGGAAGUGCCAGACGGGCUACUCUUGCCUUUGCGGCAGCAUCAGUUGCAAUCCUUAGCAUGGAUGCAGGCAUGUGAAGCCCGAAGCGAACCUUUGUUGCUGGGUGCCAGCAGAGAGUUUCUUCCUGCAGUGCAACCUCCUCAUGCUGCACAACAAAUCUUGGUAGAGGCAGUACGCUGCCGUGGCGUAGCGCGGGUACAGCGAGCCUUUAAACCCAAAGGUGGUCUCCUCGCUGAUCAUGUCGGCUCUGGAAAGACCGCCGUUACCUUGGCAUUGGUGGCUUCUGAUAGAGGCAGUGCCAAGCGGAGCCUCCACCGGUCAUUGGUUUUGAUGCCUGGACGUCUCUUGCAGCAGUGGCAGCAGGAGGUCACCAAGUUCUUGGAACCAGGGCUGGUGGAUGUGCAGCUAUGGGAUGGUCGAGAAAUCUCAGAUCCAGGCGCACGUCCUUCGCUGCUGUUGGCACCCAUCGAGCUCUUGAGCCCAAAGCGGCGUCGCGAGGAUGGGGACGGAACAAGAGGUAUUGCUGACACUCUCCGAAGUCUCAGUCUCUCUCGUAUCGUAGUGGACGAGUUUCACGAGAAUCUGGAGUCAGCUCUCCGUUUGCAGGAACUUAAAGAUACAGAGACGGCACUGUGGGGGCUCACUGGGACACCGUGCCUGGAUGAUUUCACCAGUGUGGCGAAGCUGGUGAGGGCCUGCAGCGAUGUGGACCUUCUGGUCUUCCGGCGCCAGUUGGAUGCCAAAGAUUUAGCACAACGAGCUCUGGAUUACCUGGCACGAGCAAAUGGCGACUUAAAGGGUUUGGAGGUUCAGGAGGAGUUGGUGGCCCUGUACCACACCCCCGCAGAGCGUGCCAUCUACGAAGGUGCCGCCGCUGCAAGGCGUCGAAGAUCCGAGAGCGAAAAGAAGGAUGAAACGCUCGGAGCUGAACUUCUGCAGCUGUGUUCCCACUUCCGUCUCCAUGGUCCGACGGAUUGCGACGCGGAAACGGAAAGUGCUGCACUACUGCGCCGUCGAAAAGAUGCCUGCGAAACCUCCCGAGCUUGGCUGUUGCUGGCUGCGCAACGGAUGGAGAUGCACAUUUUGCAGGCCCAGCGCGAGGGAGUCCUUCCCACAGUCGUAGCGGAGCAGUAUGCACAGCUUCUGGUGGAAGUGGAUGGCAAACCAUACAGCGGUUUCGCUGCUUCAGAGCAGCUGGUGUCACAGGUGGCCGGGGCCAAAGCUGCCCGCCAGGGCACCAGCAAGCGCAGCAAAAGGCAUGAGAGGGAUGCUGACGACUUGAUUCUACAGGCCAUUUUGGAGAUUCGAAGUGGCCUUGCCGUUGAGGACUGGAAAGAGUCCUUGGAGGCGGUGUCGAGUGACACCAACGCUUUGGAGCUUCUGGAAGAAGUGAAGCAGGCGAAAGAAGCUUUCAGGCAGAGGAGUCACGAGCAUGCCUUCCUCUCGGCCAUGUUGGAUGCUGCAGAAGCGCAGAACUUCCAAUGCCCGGUCUGCCUCAAUGACUUUCCGCCCACCGAGCGAGCCAUGCUGGCUGCUUGCGCUCAUUUAUUCUGCCUCCGCUGCGCUGGGACCCUCGUCAGGACUUUGGGCGUUUCGUGUGACCAGGUACUGACAGGUACUGCAAUUCAUCGCAUUUUGUGUACCAGGUACUGA